UUUCAGUGGACCAUGUUUUCACAGCCCUGCACCUUUGCUUAUGCUGAAGUAUCCAUCCCAGACCCUCCAGUGCCCUUUUUCUCCCACCUGUCUGCACAAAAUUUUUUAUCUCUGCAGUCCUGGACCGUGAAGUUGUGUGUUGCAAAGCUUUGUAUUUUUGAGGACUUGGCCGUUGCGUACAAUAAGUGUGCAGUAAAUGUUAAGCUGAAACCUUUUCUUUGAUCUUGAAAUGGUAUUCCAGCGCCCAAAAGGGGUUUGAAUAUAAAAAGGAAGGAAAUCAGUCAAAAUGUUCUGUUCAUGGGGUAUUGAAGGGGCUUCUGGAAUGGCCUGGUCCCUCAACGCUAACCCUGAGAAUAUUGCAACCUAUCUGGCUCCACACACGUUAAAUUCUAGACCCGGCUGUAGCCUGGGACCAACCAAACCCAUCGGCCAAAAAAAAAAAAAAAAAACCGGGCAGUGCGCACGCAGUACGGCGGCCGACGUGGUGCACGCGGGGCGCAUGCGCGGCGGGGCCCACGGUGUGUGCGCUGCUCGUGUUCCCGGCAUGGGCCCCUCGCCGCCGCUGCUGACCCUGCUGUUGCUCCUGUCUGGUCCGCGGUUCGAGCUAGGGAAUGGGCAGACUACUAACAUGGUCCAGCUACCAGGUGGGAGAUUCCAGAUGGGAACAAAUUCACCAGAUGGCAGAGAUGGUGAAGGGCCUGCCCGAGAGGUGACAGUAAAACCCUUUGCCAUUGACAUAUUUCCUGUCACCAACAAAGAUUUCAGGGAGUUUGUCAGGGAAAAAAAGUACCGGACAGAGGCUGAGAUGUUCGGGUGGAGUUUUGUCUUUGAAGACUUUGUCUCCGAUGAGCUUAGAAACAACAUGACCCAUCAGAUGGAGGGUCCGGAAACAGCCGCACUUGGGCCACCUGAGUCCCAGUCUGAAGUAUUUGUUCUGCCUCGUGUGUGUCAGUCAGGAAGGUGCCCUGGCUGGGUCAGAGCAUCUUGCCGUCAUACUUCUUUUUUGCAGUCUCUUCUCUGGUGGCUUCCAGUGGAAAGGGCGUUCUGGAGGCAGCCUGCAGGUCCUGGCUCUGGCAUCCGAGAGAGACUGGAGCUCCCAGUGGUACACGUGAGCUGGAAUGAUGCUCGUGCCUUCUGUGCUUGGCGGGGGAAACGGCUGCCCACCGAGGAAGAGUGGGAGUUUGCUGCCCGAGGGGGCUUGAAGGGUCAGCUUUACCCAUGGGGAAACCAGUUCCAGCCAAACCGCACCAACCUGUGGCAGGGAAAUUUCCCCAAGGGUGACAAGGCUGAGGAUGGCUUCCAUGGAGUCUCCCCAGUGAAUGCUUUCCCCCCACAGAAUAACUAUGGGCUCUAUGACCUCCUGGGCAACGUGUGGGAGUGGACAGCAUCUCCAUACCAGGCUACAGGGCAGGACAUGCGUGUCCUUCGGGGGGCGUCCUGGAUCGACACAGCUGAUGGCUCUGCCAAUCACCGGGCCCGGGUCACCACCAGGAUGGGCAACACUCCAGAUUCAGCCUCAGACAACCUAGGCUUCCGCUGUGCUUCCAGUGCAGGCCGACUGCCUGGGGAGUUGUGAACGGCCAUGCAGAGCCGUGGUACCCGUGUCACUCCCUGGCCACAUUCCCAACACAGUCAAACUUUAGCCUCAGGAAUGACUUCGUGCCUCUUCCACCAUCCCUCUGUGGCAGGCAUCUCUCACCAGGCCAGAAGACGACU